UAUAAGGGUGUGGAAACAUUCCUUCAGGUUCAAUCACUUAGCCACCCAUAUGGAACAGAAGCAUCAUUGCAGAGGGACAAUUCGAGUACUGGUUCAAGGAACGGUCAAGGUUUCAAAGGCCAUGAUAUGCUUGCACCUUUCACAGCUGGUUGGCAGGCUGCUGAUUUGAAUCCUUUGGUCAUAGCAAAAUCUAAGGGUUCCUAUGUUUACAACGUUAACGGGAAGAAAUAUCUCGACUCGCUUGCUGGUUUAUGGUGCACAUCCUUAGGGGGAAGCGAGCCUCGGCUUGUUGCUGCAGCGAUGGCACAGUUGAAUACAUUGCCAUUUUACCAUUCCUUUUGGAAUCGCACAACAAAACCGUCUUUGGAUCUAGCAAAAGAAAUACUGGAAAUUUUUACUGCAAGGAAAAUGGCGAAGGUGUUCUUUUCAAACAGUGGAUCAGAAGCAAAUGAUACUCAGGUAAAACUGGUUUGGUAUUAUAAUAACGCACUCGGGUGACCGAACAAGAAGAAAAUCAUCGCUCGUUCAAAAUCGUACCAUGGUUCCACAUUGAUAUCAGCUAGUCUUUCAGGUCUUCCAGCAUUGCAUCAGAAAUUUGAUCUUCCUGCUCCGUUUGUACUGCACACGGACUGUCCUCAUUACUGGCGUUAUCGUCUUCCUGGUGAAACCGAGGAAGAGUUCUCGUCGAGAUUAGCUAAGAAUUUAGAGAGUCUUAUUCUUGCGGAAGGACCCGAGACGAUUGCUGCCUUCAUUGCUGAACCUGUCAUGGGAGCAGGUGGUGUGAUACUUCCUCCUGCAACUUUUUUUGAUAAAGUCCAAGCUGUGCUGAAGAAAUAUGACAUUCUUUUCAUUGCAGAUGAGGUUAUUUGUGGUUUCGGUAGGCUCGGGGCGAUGUUUGGAUGCGAUAAGUACGAUAUUAAGCCAGACUUGGUAUCGACAGCUAAGGCUCUUUCUUCUGCAUAUAUGCCUAUUGGUGCUGUCAUUGUCAGCCCUGAAGUCUCAGAUGUCAUAUACUCUCAAAGCAACAAGCUUGGUACUUUUUCCCAUGGAUUCACAUAUUCUGGACAUCCUGUUGCUUGUGCUGUGGCAAUUGAAACACUGAAGAUCUACAGAGAGAGAAAGAUCAUCGAGCAAGUAAAGAACAUUGCCCCGAGGUUUCAAGAUGGUGUAAAAGCCUUCUCUAACCGUCCCAUCAUAGGAGAGAUAAGAGGGACGGGAUUGGUUUUAGGCACAGAAUUUACGGAUAACAAAUCACCCAACAAUCCAUUUCCUCCUGAAUGGGGGAUAGGUGCAUAUUUUGGAGCAAUGUAUGAGAAGAGCGGAAUGUUAAUACGCGUAGCCGGGGAUAGCAUAAUGAUGAGUCCUCCCUUCAUGAUCUCACCUGAAGAAGUUGAUGAGCUUACAAGCAUCUAUGGGAAAGCAUUGAAGGAUACUGAAGAAAGGGUGAAGAAACUCAAAUCUCCGAGCAGAGUAGUUCAACCGACCUAGCCUAAUCGAUAAUGUGGAAAAGCUUGUUUACUCCAAUUGUUUGAGAAUAAGGAAAACAGAAGAAAUCAUAUUGGAGUGUGUAAAUUAUCACGGCUUUAAUCAUAUUGGAGUGUGUAGAUUAUCAUAUUGAAGUGUUUUGAACCUUCAUAACUUAUAUAAUACCCUUAAACUUCUUUGAAGGUUCAAAAAUAUAUCAAAAUCAUUACAAAUA